AUGGCUUCUUUAGGCUCGGAUGUGCAGGCAACAAGUAAUGAACUCGUGUCCGUCAUAGAGGAAUUAAAGGAGAGACGGACAGAGAUUGAACAAAGCAUAAGAUGCGAUGAGGAGGAGCGAAAUCGCGUGCUUGCCGAACUGAAGGCGUUGAACGCCCGCUUGGUCGCUAUCGAGGAGAGUCUCAAGCAGAAAACAGGGGCAAAGUCUAUGCUCGACAAAGUCAUUUAUGAGACCUCGGAGAGGUUCCGAGGGAUAGUCGAGGCAUCACGGCAGCUACUCAGCAAUGCGCGGGAGGAGUCAUCCGGCCUCCCACGCUGCGACGGCUUGUAG